AUGGCCGCUCCAGCAGUUCGAGUGGCCCGAACGGCCGCCACCCGCGCGCGCAGCCUCCUGGCUACUGUGCAAUAUACACACCCGCCCAACUGUCCCUGCCACUCCAACCCCAACCACCACCAUCACCACAAGACCCCAUCGCUGAUGAACCACGUCCGCCGGCACUUGGCUACGCCGACGGAUCCCGCGCGCGAGAAGGAGUAUGCCUUCGAGAUGGCGGCGUCGAGUAUCCGGUUUGGCCCUGGUUCAACGAAAGAGGUCGGCAUGGACUUUAAGAACAUGGGCGCGAAGCGCGUGUGCAUCGUCACCGAUCCCAAUGUUGCCAAGCUGGAUGCGAUGAAGCAGGCCGUGGAGGGGUUGAGUCGCGAGGGCAUUGAGUUUACUAUCUUUGACAAGGUUCGCAUUGAACCGAAGGAUAGCUCCGUCAAGGAGGCUAUUGCGUUUGCGAAGCCGUAUAACCCGGACGCCUUUCUAGCCGUUGGUGGUGGAUCCGUCAUCGACACCGCCAAGCUCAUGAACCUAUACACCGUCUACCCAGAGGCUGACUUCUUGGACUUCGUCAAUGCCCCGCUGGGCAAGGGUCUGCCCGUCGCCAGACCCCUGCGCCCUUUAGUCGCCGUGCCGACCACAGCAGGCACGGGCUCCGAGACAACUGGCACCGCCAUCUUCGACCUCGUCUCCAAGAAGGCCAAGACAGGCAUUGCCCACCGCAAUCUCAAGCCAACCCUGGGCAUCUGCGACCCUCUCAACACCCGCACCAUGCCAUCCGCCGUACACGCCUCGUCCGGCCUCGACGUGCUCUGCCACUCGCUCGAGUCCUGGACCGCAAUCCCCUAUAACGAGCGCACGCCCCGUCCAACAAACCCCAUCAACCGCCCCGCCUACCAAGGCGCCAACCCCAUCUCCGACAUCUUCUCCCUCCAAGCUCUCCGCAGCACGGUCAAGUACCUACCGCGCGCAGUGCGCGAUCCUGAUGACCACGAAGCACAGUCAAACAUGCUGCUGGCCGCCACGCUAGCCGGCGUGGGCUUCGGCAACGCAGGCGUCCACCUGUGCCACGGCAUGAGCUACCCCAUCUCCAGCCAAAACCCGGGGUACAAGCACGCCGGCUACGAGGUCGACCACCCAAUCAUCCCGCACGGCGUGUCGGUGGCCGUCACCGCGCCGGCCGUGUUCCGGUUCACCGCGGCGUCGAAUCCAGACCGCCACCUUGCGGCAGCGGAGGCGUUUGGCGUGGAUAUCUCGAACGUGAAGCGUGAAAGCGCAGGCGAGGUGCUGGGUGAUGCGAUUGCGGACUUCCUUGUCAAGUUGGGGGAUCAGCCGCGGGGGUUGAAGGAUUUGGGCUUCAAGGCAGCGGAUGUGGAUGGGCUUGUUGAAGGAACGAUUCCGCAAAAGCGGGUUUUGAUGCUUGCGCCCAAUUUGAGCGAGGAGUUGGAGGCUGAGAAGGGGGAAUUGAGGAAGUUGUUGGAAGAGUCGAUGGAGUACUAG